GCUGAGAGGAGUAUGCUCAUGGUUUGCUUGGGGGGAGAUAGGGGAACGUUGUAGAGGCACUGCCAAGAAGGUGAGCUCAACCUCAAACCACAUUCACCACCUCUAUAAUAUUCAAUAUGGCUGAAGCAAUGCCUUCAUGGACCUCCGACAGGUUUGUUGAUCAAAUCUACAUUUCAAAGAGAAGUAUCAGGAAAAACGUAAUGAACAAAAUGCAUUACGUUUCCCACAUGCCCUCAGAGAAUGUAACAGUCAGCACUGCUCACAAAGUGGAAAGUGACUCUAACCCAUCUGAUAAUGACGAUACCGACUCCCUCUCAGGUAGUAGCUUCACCGGGAUGAUUUAUUUAAACCCACAAACACCUACCUGGACUCUAGCUGAGAAGUUUACUGAACUCAACUCUGGAGAAGACAAGAUACUUUCAACCUAUCAGGACCUCUGUGGUCCUCCAGGUUCACCCACGGCCAUUGAACAUAAUAUUCCCAAUAGGAGAGGCUCUACUGGCGUGUAUGGGGUCUACUCAGACUCGUCACAACAAGAGGAAGGCAACAUCAAGAAGGUUUCUAAAAGGAGACUGCAGAGGAAAGUGUCUAGCGGGAAUCCUUCCGAUCUGAAGCUGCGUCUGGUGAGAGAGAUCAGGCCCAAACCCAACGAGGCUCUGUCUGAUGUGCAUUGUGAUGUGUGUGAGAUGUUUGAUGUGUGUGGGAAAAAUGGAUAUGAGAAGAGUGGAGUAUCACUAGUAAUUCCCCCUCCAUUAAACAAGGCUGUAGCCAUGAUUGAUGCCUGUGAGAAAAAUAAGGUGCCUAUAGUGUUUACUGCCAUGAAGAAACGUGGAGUAGAGGGAGACACAGAGAACCGGCCCUAUAAGUGCACUCACUGCAACUGGGCCUUCAAGAAGUCCAGCAAUCUGCAGAGUCAUCUGGAUACUCAUAGUGGCCUGAAGGCUCAUGUGUGUGACCUAUGCGGCAAGGCCUAUUCCCACCAGGGCACACUGCAGCAGCACAAGCGCCUGCACACCGGAGAGAGACCGUACCACUGCCCCUUCUGUGACAAGACCUACAUCUGGUCCUCCGAUUACCGCAAGCACAUCCGCACGCACACCGGAGAGAAGCCAUACGUGUGCGAGACCUGUGGUAAGGACUUUGUGCGCUCCUCGGACCUGCGGAAGCACGAGCGUAACAUGCACACCAACAACAAACCCUUUCCAUGUACGCAGUGUGGCAAGACCUUCAACAAGCCGCUGUCCCUGCUCCGCCAUGAGCGGACCCAUCUAGGCGAGCGGCCCUUCUGCUGUUCCGUUUGCGGGAAAGCCUUUGCCGUGGCCAGCCGCAUGGCAGAGCACCAGAUGGUGCACACCGGGGUGAGACCCUACACGUGCCUGGUCUGUUCCAAAUCCUUCAUCAAGUCCUCCAACCUGCUGGAGCAUCAGGCCGUGCACAGCGGCAUCCGCCCCCACAAAUGCUCCCAGUGCAGGGUGGCGUUCGCCAUGGUGUCUCGCUUGGUCCGUCACCAGUGCGUCCAUACCGGAGAGAGGCCCUUCAACUGCACAGGCUGCAGCAUGUCCUUCAGCCGCACAGCUGCUCUGAAGCGCCACCAGGAGCAAACGUGUGCUGGGAGGAUCUUUGUAUGUGUGAAGUGUGACAAGGCUUUUCAGUGUGCCUCUCAGCUCACUGAGCACAUGCUGAGCCAUGACUCUACUGUUGCUGCUUCUGCUGUCGGAAACACAGAUUGAUGCUAUUGAUGUUUGGGAGAUACCCUCUCAUAUAGUACACACUGUUGGUUUAGUCAGCCUUAUUGAUCUUUACAUUCUAGGGCAACAUCCUGCUAGUCUGCUAACCUUUAAGGAUCUUCUGACAAUGUUCUAAAAUGCAUUCAAAAAAUAUUAUAUUUAAUUGUUCUAAUGUGAAGCCUGAUUUUGGCUGGGGGAAAAAAAGUACAAUUGUUUAGGCAGAUGUCGCUCAGAAAUUAUAUGUAGCAAAUGUAGAUUUUUUUUGUUGAUGUUUUUGCAUGUACAUUGAUUAAUGAAUCUUAUGCUAGUAAAAAACACAGUUGAAGUCGGAAGUUUACAUACACCUUAGCCAAAUACAUUUCAACUCAGUUUUUCACAAUUCCUGACAUUUAAUCCUAGUAAAACUUCCCUGUCUUAGGUCAGUUAGGA